AUGCUAUUAGACCAUGGGCCUAGAAGCAGGAACACAUUACAUUGGUGAACAGGCUGUGGAAAUUGAAGGCCACAGGGCAAUAAUUGCAGGCACCAGUACUCUUUGUGGAAGCAUUGCCACAAUGGAUAUGUGUGUGCGAUACUUCAAAAAUGCUACAGGAUGUAACAAGGUUGAAGCACUAGAGUGCGCUACCCUUCACCCUGCUCAAGUUCUUGGUAUCACAUCAUUGAAAGGAACACUGGAUUUUGGCUCAGAUGCAGAUUUUAUUCUUCUGGAUCAGGACCUUCGUGUACAUGCUACAUUUAUAUCUGGAGAAUGUGUGUGGGAGGAUAAUAAUCCUGAAACACAUUGUCUGUACAAGAAAGUGCUGUAUUAAUCGAAACUUAGAAUGAAGAGAUUAGUAAUCACUGCCAUUAUUAAUUGAUGGGUUCAACCAAUAUAAACAUAAAAUUUCAAAGUUAUUGCUUCACAUUAUUGUAGUUAUUAUGUACCUAUAAUUAAUUUAGAUGAAGAAGAAUCUGGAACAAAGGAAAAAUCCCAAAAUAACAAGUAUUUGACAAAUCAUGUAUACUUUUUUUAAAAUCCUUGUGUGUACACUUAAAAAACAUAGAUAUACAUCAUAAAUCCUCACAUCAAAGGUAAUUUUUUUCUAUCUUUAUUUAUAUACAUUUUAAUGUUAAAAACAAAGUAAAAACUGAUUCAUAUAGGGUUUCAUGCCAAAGCAGGGAGUAUGUUACAAAUAAAGUUAGAGCCGAGUUGUAAUGGUUUCAAGGAGAGAGGUUAUUAGUUGGAAGAAAAGUUAGAGCUCUAUAUAGCUACAGCGGAAGGCACUUGGUACAAAUAAAGAUAGCAUGGAGUUCUGUGAGCUUUAUUGUGAGACAGUAUGUCAUACACUGACAGUUUCUUGCCCUCCAAGCUAAUAUUUUAUUAAAAUCAGACCUGGUACACUAUGUUUAUAAUUAUUUCCUGUAGUAAAUUUUCAUUCGUUAUCAUUAAGUCUUAAUUCUGAUUAAUAAAGAAUAUCAAUAAUGUCUCAGUAGUAUUCCAUUUGUAAGCACAAAUUUUCUUAUCAAAGUUGUUAAGAUAACAGCACAAGGAUUGUAUUGUAUAAUAACAUUUUCACAGUAUUCUCAGUUUUUGUUAAUUUGAAUGAAAGAAUAUGAAAGUAUUGUUCAUUAUAUGAUACCAUUAUACGUGAGUUACAAUACAAAAAUUGUUUUGCUACAGAUUAAAAUAUUUAGAAUGUUUGUAUGAAAUAAAUAUAUUGUUUAACUGUGAGGAAUGUAAUGCCAUUAUAGGCAGGAGUGAAAAACUAUUUUUACUUAUCAUGUUAUUCCUGUUUGUUUGUUUUUGUUGGCAUAUGUG